UACUGAUUAUUCUACUAAUUAGGAUGGCUCCAAGUUUCCCCACUACUGUAAGUUACGCCAAACCUACUUUAGAGUCUAUGGAAUAUUCAGUGAUACGCCAGAAAAUAAUAGAUUCACAGUUCAAGUGCUAUGAAAGGAUGAACAGAGCACCUCCUUACAAGAAAAAAGGGUUAUACUGUAACCGGACCUGGGAUGGAUGGUUGUGUUGGGAUGAUACACCAGCUGGAGAAUAUGCUGACCAGAAUUGUCCCGAUUAUUUUCAAGACUUUGAUCCAACAGAAAUAACAACAAAAUAUUGUGAUAAGACAGGAACGUGGUUUCGGCAUCCUGAAACCAACCGAACCUGGUCCAACUACACCCGGUGCAAUUCUUUUACAAAUGAAAAGCGUAAGAUGGUUUUCAUAGUUUAUUACAUGACUAUAGUAGGACAUGUACUGUCUAUGGUUUCCCUGUUGAUUUCCUUGGGAAUUUUCUUCCAUUUCAAGAGCCUCAGCUGUCAAAGGAUAACAUUGCAUAAGAAUCUCUUUUGUUCAUAUGUUCUUAACUCUGUGUUUACACUUGCCCACCUCAUUGCAGUGGUGCCUGAUCGAGAUCUGGUCAAAAAAGAUCCAGUAAGCUGCAAAGUGCUUCAGUUUUUUCACCAAUAUACAAUGGGCUGUAACUACUUCUGGAUGCUUUGUGAAGGAAUAUAUCUUCAUACACUGAUUGUGGUGGCAGUAUUUGCUGAAGAACAGCGCUUGCAUUGGUAUUACCUCCUGGGCUGGGGUUUUCCUUUGGUGCCAGCAUCAAUUCAUGCUGUAGCCAGAGCCAGAUAUUUCAAUGAUAACUGUUGGAUUAGUGUUGACACAUAUUUGCUGUACAUUGUUCAUGGGCCUGUAAUGGCAGCUUUAUUGGUCAAUUUUUUCUUUUUGCUCAACAUUGUUCGAGUUUUGGUAACAAAACUGAGAGAUACACAUCGGGCUGAAUCCAAUAUGUACAUGAAAGCUGUCAGAGCCACUUUAAUUCUUGUACCCUUAUUAGGUAUUCAGUUUGUCAUUUUUCCUUGGAGACCAGAAAAUAAACUUGCUGGAGAAAUAUAUGAUUACAUCAUGCAUAUUUUAAUGCACUAUCAGGGCUUACUUGUGGCAACUAUUUUCUGUUUCUUCAAUGGAGAGGUCCAAGGAACUCUGAAGCGGCAAUGGAUGCAGUAUAAAACUCAGUGGGGUCAAAGGCGCCGUGACCAUUGCUCUACACGGUCUACCUCCUACACAGCAACAUCUAUCACAGAGGUUCCUGUUUAUCUGUAUCAUCAUGAUUCCAACAGUGAGCAUCUGAAUGGAAAGUACAUACAUGACUCUGAACUUGUUGCAUUAAAAUCUGGAGAGACAUCUGCUUAAUUUAUAAUUAAAGGGUUCCACUUUUCAUUUCUGCACAAAGGAGCAGACUGUAAAGCACCUACAAUGUGCAUACUUGUUCAGCAACCUGGAGCCAUCAUAUGCAAAGUGCAGACAUUCAGCUCUCUUGUGGCACCAGUUCAUGAAAGUCUGAUAGAGAUUCAGACAUGGGGACUGAUCCCGGUUGCCAAUGCCACUUUCAAAUGAAAAAGAGAUGAAAGCUAAAUUUCUCAAUGAGGAGGAAAAAUUUUCACCAGUUCCAGAACUUGUCCAUAUAAAAUGAGGAUGCAAUAGUAAUACAACUUUGCAUCAGACAUCCUACUAG